CUCAUUCUCACCGCCUCUUGGCUCAAACGCGCUUUCUCCCGAACUCUGUCCACCCUGCCAACUGUGCCCGCCAUUUCCGCUUCAUCCUCAUAAUCAAUUGCCUGGCAAGCUCUCUGUCCCGCUCCACCUCGCCGGUUGUCGGUGUUUUGAAGUGCCACACUCGGUUUGACCGAAUAUUCGGCCCGCGGCCUGCCUAAGCGCACCACUUGCCCACGGAUCGCGAUCAAAACGUCAUAUUUCCCAGCAUCAGGUUUAGUCCCAACAUCCUGGUAUCCCCGCACCAUAUUGCAUCAAGCUCGCCUUAUUCAAAGGAUGGUUCUAUACAAAUGGAUUUCAUAUGGAGGCUAUCAUCCGACCGAUAUUUCUAAAUCACCCCACGUUACCUAUCUGCGCCUGACUUUACGUCGCUGCACUUUUUGAGCUCCCAAAAUGCUCGGAAGACUUUUAAAUACUGCGGCGUCGUCGCUCAAUCCCGCUGCAUACAGCUCUCGAAAUUCGUCUCAGCUUGAAUCUGUGACCGAGGAAGAACAUACUUCUGGCCUCUUGUUCCCAGACUCUACUCACCUUCGACGAUCGAAUACUCACGCCUACCCGCUACAAACUAGCGUCUUGUCCCCAAAUGCGUCCGCGGCGAGCAGCUUCGACGAUCGAGGUGGAUUCGAGUUAGACGCAACAAAAGAUUUUAGAGUCAUCGUUGCCCAGAAUGCCCUGGGCGAUCGUGAUGAACCUUGUAUCCUCCUCGACAGCCAAGAUGUAAAUGCCCCUGGUGGAACUGUCGGGCUUGGCCUCAAUCCACGGCCGUCCCAACAAGGGCAUAGCCACUCUCGAAGCUCAAGCCUGUCAAAACCCUCAAGGAGGGCUACAGCUCUCAAACCUCAUGCAUUAGAUGUAAAUCAAUUUUCCGGAUCAUCUAGCCUCAGAGAAGCAGACUCCUCGAUGUCCGGUGCUCUAUUCCGUGCGAGGUAUCGAAGUUCGACAUUUUCACCCACCUCCGAGGAUAGUAGGUCUUGUCAAAACCGCAUGACGGCUGAUUCAAACGAAUCUGGCCUUUUAAACUGCAUUUUUGGUAGCAGUGCUUUUAGCUAUCGUGGAUCUUCCACAAAAAUGCAUAUCCUUCCAGCGGAAACGGAGUCAACUGGGGAUGUCGAAGGAUUCAGUGCUCACAGCCUCAAUCGUCGUCUUCCACUCCCCCGCGCACAUACUAGUGGACAUAGUUCGAGCUCAUCUAGUUCAUCACAGGAAAGAUUACGUGUGGGACAGGAUAUCAGGCCCUCCACUACCACGAAAGUGACCAUCCUUGUAACGAGGAUGUUCAGUGUCAACCUUCCUGAGAGCCGCAAUCCUUCAAUGGAUCAAUCUGAACAAUUAUAUUCGCCAAAUUCUCAGCAAUUUAGGGAUUCAGAAUUUCCAUUUCUGGAUGCAAUGAAACGGAAAAAAAUAAAGGAAAAGAAGACGCCCAUGUAUGCAGUUGCAAUAACGAUUAAAUUGCCCCUUGCAAGUCGCAGUAAUGGACGUCCAGCAUCUCGGUGGGCGGCUCCAGGACAGCCUCCGGGGUGGAUUUCAGCCUCCCUUGAUUCAGAUCAUAAAUACCUCGGAGGCUUUUUCGACGACAAUGCUGGACUUGCGACUUCUAACCUAGAUGACAGAAUCGAUAUCUUGGUUGAUCAUUGGGAUGUCAUCACACGCACCUUGUCACAUCUUGAGAAGUUAGCAAGUAAAGAAAUUCUUACUGCUCUGAAACGAGUCGAUUACUUUUCAACUCAGCAACCAAAGCCUGCCAAAGCACCUAAUAUGCAGCGAACAAACCAAACUAUUGUGCAACUUCCUCCAAGGGUUUUAUCAGGCGUGUCGAACCUUAGAUCCGAGGCUGUACGCGCCACUCAAAGGAUUAGCACGGCCCUACGAAUUCCCCAUGUUGCAACCGGCCAAGGUCGAUGGGGUGUUUGGAGAGAAGAAGCCAGGUGGAUCGCUAAAUUACUAAGUGAUAAGGAACAUAAUUUUUUUUUCUUGGUGCUAAUAACUGCAUUUCUGGGAAAUCAUACUGAGUGGCUGAGCUCUCUUGGCCCUGACUGGCAUAGGCGACGAUAUUACCUACAGCAGAGGGCUCACCAAGAUACAGAACCAUCUAUACCCAGUCGCACCGUUAUUGUUUCAACUGAUAAAAUGACUGCUAGACGAUUGAUUUUUGUUCUCUCUGCAUUCUUGCCAACCCAACAACGAUCAGAUGCAUUUGCAUCACCUUUACGACCUGGCACGUCAACUUCCCUAUGUCCUGUUUCCCAGAGUCCUCCCAGUGCUCCUCUUUUGAGACAGGAAUCUCUUCGACGCACAAUCAACAGACGCACACGAGCUCGACAGCUUCAUGAUGACGAGGUUGACGACCAUAGACGUUCACCAAGCGCCUCAUCAACUGAAGCCGGGAUUAUUCCAUUGGAUGAUGUUGAUUUCGUCAAGUGUGCGGAUCAUUACAAAUCCCGGAGAGACUCUGAUGUUCGAUCUAUUAGGACGGCUAGCCUACCCAUACCGUCUAACGAUGCUAGCACCAGAAAGAGCUCCACUGCUACCAUUGCUGCUGCUGCACCUGGCACUGCCACCCCAGUUCCACACUUUGCAUCCCAGCGAGGUAGACGUGGUGCUAUUGGAGGGAGGCGUUUAGCUUUAGAUACUAAUGGAAGCGCAGCCUCUGCCAAUCUUUUGCAGAACCUCCGUAGAAGUGAAGGUUCCAAUCUCGCUUCGGAAGGAGGCGAACAUCAGCCCUCUGGUAGAUGGGGUGGCUUGCUUUUGGGGCUUUGGGGUUCCCGCGAGUCCGCUACUUCUCCAAAUAGAGCUGAUUCACCGUUAGUUGGGAGCCUAAAAGGCAAAACCCCAGCAUCUGGCCCUGAUGGAAACCAAGACAGGCAGGAAGCAAUAAGUAACGGAACAAGGGAAGAAAUCGCUAACGAUACUGUUAAAACGUCUGAUAACAUAUCCGUUCCAACAUUUCCUCCACCUAACGCGGCUUUAUCUGAGUCAGUUGACUCGCGAGAUGCGAGACCGAAACCGGAUAUCCAAAUGCCCAACUCUCCCAUGAAACUCUCGGUGGGUUUACACGAUGGUGUGAUCGAUGUUGAUGUACCUUUGCCUGGAUUUAUCUCUCUGUCUUCUUCGGGAGACUCAACAUUAGCAUCACCCAAAAAGACCCGCACCUCAAUCACUAGUCUUGAUGGUAUUGGUUCAGUCCAUAGUUUUGGUUCUGGAUUCCAUCUCGUGAAUAAUAGGGAGUACGAUGGAGUGCAUGUCAAUGUCGCAGGUUGGUUAAAGCGCUGCCAUGAAGAUUUCCUUCUUCAAGCUGUCCACCCGUACCACACAUUGGAAGCAGAUAUCAAACGUGCGAUGUCUGCUGAACCUACUCCGCCUCAUAUUCUAUUACCUUUCCUUUCCGACUUUGACGGAACCCUCCUUGAGAAGUGGGUUGAUGUAUGUACCACGCUCGUUGCAGAUACAAAAACCUUUACCGUGAAGAAAUUGCGCUUGCGACGCAGAAUCACAACCAACCGUUCUCGAACAGCUUCUCAUUCUCGAGAUAAUUCCCGUCAACCUUCACUAUACGAGGCUCCUGAAACACCGUCUUCCACUUCGCAAUCUCCAAACUUCUUCUCUGGGGCUACCAAGACACCAACCUCUCCUCGAUCACCGCGACUAGACCCGUUCGAUGUAGAAGAAAUCUUUGUCGAAGAACCGGUUAUGGACCUUGACCCAACCCUCGUUGAUGCUAUCGAGAAAGUUUUAGCACGGAGCGGAGAAUCGUCCCUAGCUCAUUCUAGGGCACCAUCGCCAAAUCGCAAUCGUAAGGAUAAACCAAGCAACCAAGGGUCAGACAAACAGGCCGCCAACCCACAAGCGGAGCCUAUCUCAUCCGUCGAAGUUCCGCGGAAUAAAUGUAGACGUAUAGUCCUAGGUGCCCUUGAGGAAGUUGUCCGCAGCGUGGCAGGGGAACAUGGCCAGGAAGAACCAGCUUCUGUCACUGGCAACGUUCCAGGAAUGCCCUCGUCCCGUCGUGGAAAUGGCACAGGCGCAGUCGCAGAUAACACCUUGAGAGAAGGGAUAAGGAAAUGGCUCAUCGAUAUCGAAGAAGCUUGCUAACAUUUACCAGUUUACACUAUUUAACCCGAUCAUACUCUACGCUAAAGCUAUUUCAUUGCGUCACAGUGCCUUUUUUCCAGGUCUGUCUUGUUCGUCUUGAAAGUUUAUCCCGGAAUAUUCUCUCUUUCUUCAACCAUUUAUUUCGUUAUUUUCGGCGCGCUACAUUUUGUAAAUACUUUGACAUUUUAAUACUUUUUGGUGUUGCUGUUGGUUUUCGCACGACACUCAUGAGCCGGAAGGCGCCGGGGUGCCUGCAGCCAUUUUUGUUUCCCCCUCAUUAUUUUGCUCUGGAGCGUAUGAUACCCUGUCUUUUCAUUUGUGCUUAUUCUGUUUCGUGAGACACGUCUCAGUACCUGCGAACUUUCAGUUCUAACACAAUUCUCCUCAAUUCUUUUCCCUAGCUGCAUGCGACUUGCAUGCUUUAUGAGCAUAUAUUUUAAUAUUUGUCUCUUGUCAUUACAUUAUGUCUAUCUUUGUAUCUUUUUGCAUCAAACUUUAUGUGUCACUGCUGUCUUGAGUUAUAUAUUUUAUUUUAGCAUUUAUCUUCUAUUUACUGAAUUUAUAUAUAGUAAUUUACUUUGCAAUUUGAAGUUAUUUAUUCUACAUUUUAAUGUUCAUAUUUCAUAUUUUAUUUUUUA